GACGUGCUCGGGUGAGCCUUUGGAGGCUAGGAGGCUUGCCCCUUAUCCUCCCCAUCCCGGUGUCCGAGGAGUUACAAUUUGGCCAUUCGGAAGUUUGUUCUGGAGCAGACAGCAAACCUCCCGACACCGACAUUCGGGGACUGGAAGGGCAACAGGCCGGAAAAGUGCGGGCGCGAGCGCUGCGCGCGCCGACGUCCUCCCGCGCCCCGCGCCCCUCAACUCGACCGCUCCUCCUCCCCUCGUUCCUCACGCUCCCCUCCUCCCGGACCCCGCCCCGCUCCCGCUUUCCCAUUGGCAGAGCCGGCUGCCCGGCCGCCCCGGGAUUUAAAGGGCCCGCUCGCCGCGCCGCCCUGGGAGCCGCUGCUGGUCCCGGCCUUGCGGCCUGCGGGGGAGGCUGCCCGGAGGAGGCGGCGACGGUGGCAGCGGCGGCGGCGCAUCCCAGGCCCCCAAGAGCACGUCUGCCUUCCAGCCAGAUCUAUCCAUCUGUCCAUCCAGCCGCGGGGGUCCGCAAUGGCUACCUUCAGCCGCCAGGAAUUUUUCCAGCAGCUACUGCAGGGCUGUCUCCUGCCUACCGCCCAGCAGGGCCUUGAUCAGAUCUGGCUGCUCCUUGCCAUCUGCCUCGCCUGCCGCCUCCUCUGGAGGCUUGGGCUGCCAUCCUACCUGAAGCAUGCAAGCACCGUGGCAGGCGGGUUCUUCAGCCUCUACCACUUCUUCCAGCUGCACAUGGUUUGGGUCGUGCUGCUCAGCCUCCUGUGCUACCUCGUGCUGUUCCUCUGCCGGCAUUCCUCUCAUCGCGGCGUCUUCCUCUCCGUCACCAUCCUCAUCUACCUACUCAUGGGUGAGAUGCACAUGGUAGAUACCGUGACAUGGCACAAGAUGCGAGGGGCCCAGAUGAUCGUGGCCAUGAAGGCGGUGUCUCUGGGCUUCGACCUGGACCGGGGCGAGGUGGGUGCAGUGCCCUCGCCUGUGGAGUUCAUGGGCUACCUCUACUUCGUGGGCACCAUCGUCUUUGGGCCCUGGAUAUCCUUCCACAGCUACCUACAGGCUGUCCAAGGCCGCCCACUGAGCCGCCGAUGGCUGCAAAAGGUGGCCCGGAGCCUGGCGCUGGCCCUGCUGUGCCUUGUGCUGUCCACUUGCGUGGGCCCCUACCUCUUCCCAUACUUCAUUCCCCUUGAUGGUGACCGUCUCCUUCGCAACAAGAAACGCAAAGCCAGGGGCACCAUGGUAAGGUGGCUGCGAGCCUAUGAGAGUGCCGUCUCCUUCCACUUCAGCAACUAUUUUGUGGGCUUUCUGUCCGAGGCCACGGCCACGUUGGCAGGGGCUGGCUUCACCGAGGAGAAGGAUCAUCUGGAAUGGGACCUGACGGUGUCCAAGCCAAUAAAUGUGGAGCUGCCACGGUCAAUGGUGGAGGUUGUCACGAGCUGGAACCUGCCUAUGUCUUAUUGGCUGAAUAACUAUGUUUUCAAGAAUGCUCUCCGCCUAGGGACCUUCUCAGCGGUGCUGGUCACCUACGCAGCCAGUGCCCUCCUGCACGGCUUCAGCUUCCACCUGGCCGCAGUACUGCUGUCCCUGGCCUUUAUCACCUACGUGGAACACGUCCUCCGGAAGCGCCUAGCUCGGAUCCUCAGUGCCUGCGUCUUGUCUAAGCGGUGCCCGCCUGACUGUUCACACCGGCAUCGCUUGGGUGUGGGGGUUCGAGGCCUAAACUUGCUCUUUGGGGCCCUGGCCAUCUUCCACCUGGCCUACCUUGGCUCUCUGUUUGAUGUUGAUGUGGACGACACCACAGAGGAGCAGGGCUACGGCAUGGCGUACACUGUCCACAAGUGGUCAGAGCUCAGCUGGGCCAGUCACUGGGUCACUUUCGGAUGCUGGAUCUUCUACCGUCUCAUAGGCUAAGGCAUACAAUCCUCUUAGCACCCUCAAGACCCCUCCUUGGGGUGCCAGCUCCGAUGGAGGAUGAGGGAAGGCCCUCUCUACUCCCUUGACCCCACUCCACCCAUGAUCCCCAACACCCCUACACACACACACACACACCCACACACACACCAUUCCCAUGCCUGUCAAUCCCCACCACACCACAAGGCGGGCAGGGGGCUGGUCCCUGCUGGGGCCUAGGGGUGGGGGAUACUUGGGAAAGCAAAGAGGGGGAGAUCCAGGGCCUCCCCGCCUACCUUCUCCUUUUUUAUAUUCAGUUUGUUAUUGUCAAAUAAAAGUAGGCAACAUCAA